AUGACCUGGGGAAAUCACUCAGUGUUGAUGGAAUUUGUGUUCCUGGCCUAUCCCUCUCACCCAGAGCUCCGAGUCUUCUUCUUCCUUGGACUUAGCCUGUUAUAUAGCUUGAUCAUCAGUGGGAAUGUCCUAAUUGUGGUGGCCAUCCAGACAGAAGCCCGCCUGCACACACCCAUGUACUACUUUCUGGGCAGCCUCUCAGGAGUAGAAAUAUGCUACACUGCUGUGGUGGUGCCCCACAUCCUGGCCAACACCCUACAGUCAGACAAGACCAUCACCCUGCUGGGCUGUGCCACUCAGAUGAUUUUCUUCAUUGGGCUCGGUAGCGCUGACUGCUUUCUCUUGGCUGCCAUGGCCUAUGACCGGUAUGUUGCUAUUUGCCACCCCUUGCAGUACCCACUCACUGUGACUUUAACUCUCUGUGUCCACUUGGUCGUGGCCUCCGUGCUCAUUGGUUUGUUCCUGUCUGUACAACUGGUGGCCUUCAUCUUCUCACUGCCAUUCUGCCAGGCGCGGGUUAUCGAGCACUUCUUCUGUGAUGUGCCACCAGUGAUGCGUCUUGUUUGUGCCAACAGCCACAUCCAUGAGUGGGCAGUGCUGGUGGCGGCCACACUGGCCAUCGCCAUGCCUUUCUUCUUCAUUGCUGCCUCCUAUGCCUUCAUUGUGGCCACCGUGUGCAAGAUCCACUCGGCAGCUGGCCACCACCGGGCUUUCUCCACCUGCUCCUCCCACCUCUCCGUGGUCCUGCUGCAGUAUGGCUGUUGUGCCUUCAUGUACCUGCGCCCCAACUCCAGCUACGACCCCAGACAAGACCAGUUCAUCUCUCUGAUAUAUACGUUAGGAACCCCACUGCUCAACCCACUUAUCUACACCCUGAGAAACCGUGAAAUGAAGGGGACCCUGGGGAGAGUUCUGACCAGGAACUGCCUCUCCCAGAACAGCUAG